AUGCCCAGUUUCCGCCGCUGGGGCAAGUCGAAAUUUGAGAAGAAUCCUGAAUCUUCAUUCAAGCUCCUCGCUGCGGUCUUGGUCAUCACCUUUUACCUGCUGAUCAAGGAGUUUUCGAAUCCUACCGUGCGGACGCGAGACACACCAACGUAUGGCGCACAGAUACAGCAUGCAGCAUGGAACGGAACCGGGAAAGCGCAGGACGUAAGGGCAGAGAAGGUGCGCAAUGCAAUGAAGUACACAUUCUGGAAAUACAGAGAAAGCGCAUGGGGUGCAGAUGAUAUAUUGCCUGUGACAGGAGGCAAUUCGAGUACAAGAAAUGGCUGGGGGGCUUUCAUCGUGGACUCUGCGAGUACACUGGUGCUCAUGGAGUUGUGGGACGAGCUGGCGCACUCGGUAGAACAUAUUCUGAGCAUCGACUUCACGCACACAGACGAUCUGGUAGAUCCCUUCGAGACAACCAUACGAUAUCUCGGUGGACUACUGUCGGUCGUGGAGCUGUACGAUGUGGGCAUGAUACCCGAGGACGUCCUGCACGACGAAGCCCGCGACUUGAUACUGGAGCACGCCGUGACAUUGGCAGAGAAGCUUGCACCUGCGUACGACACGCCAACUGGCAUGCCAUGGCCGCGCGUAAACUUCAAAGCUUCACAGGGCGUCUCAGACCUGCCCUCUGUACAUCUAGAGCAUCCAGACAAGUCUCAGUAUGCUCAUCCAGCCAUUGGGCCUGCGCGAACAGGCUCCUCCAUCCUUGAGAACCGCGUACUAACAAGGCUCACCGGCGAUCCUAUUUAUGCGAGGAACUCUACUCUGGCGUGGGCUCCUUUGGUCUGGUCAAAAUGGGUGACACCGUGGAAAGGCAUGGUAGAUGCGCCCAUCGAUAUUGAGACAGGUGUACCAGUAGGCCGUGACAGACACUGGGACGGCGGCCAUGACUCCUACUACGAGUACCUCCUCAAAAUCACGCUUCUUGCACCACCGUCGGACCCUCAUGUCGACAUAUACAGGAAGCGGUUCCUCGAUUCUGCCUAUUCGUUGCGCAAGCACCUCAGUACACGGUCCGCAUCCGCGUCUGAACACGUCAUGCAACACCUCUUCAUAGGGAAGCAAGACGACAAACAAUACCAGAACGAGCAAGGACAUCUGGCAUGCUUUGCGCCUGGAACCAUUCUCCUCGGCUCCAAGUUCUACAAUCAGCCGUACCUCAGAACGUUUGCGCUAGCCUUGUUAGAAGGAUGUCAUCACACAUACACAUCUACUCCGUCCAAGAUUGGCCCAGAGAGCUGGUCAUGGACACCCAAGUUCAGUUACGACAAACCACUCUACUCCCCCGAUACGAGUCGCGCGAAGAAGGAGUGGUCAGAGAGUGGCUUCUGGAGUACGGACCCGCAAUACAAAGGCAGGCCCGAGUACGUAGAGUCGCUAUUCUACGCCUGGCGCAUUACUGGUGAACCGCGGUUUCGCGAUUGGGCGUGGGAAGCUUUCUCGGCCAUGGAGGUGCAUUGCAAGGCACCCUACGGGUAUGCACAGCUUGCAGACGUUUACAGAGUGAAGCCUUCGGAAUGGCCUGGAACGGGUGACAAAAGAUGGAUCGACAUGCAAGAAAGCUUCUGGGCAGCCGAGACGCUCAAGUACCUGUGGUUGACUUUUACGGACGUCAACACCGCGAGUCUUGACAACUGGGUGUUCAGCACAGAAGGGCAUGUUUUUAGAAUGACUAGAUGA